UAAAGGUAGUAGCUACUGUAUUCGUGUGUACUAGAAGUACAACUCAAUACAUAUGACUGAUAUGAGUCGUCUCCACAACUCAAUACAUAUGAGUUGCGAAUUUUGAUUUUUGGAUUUUUGGGUUUUUGAUUUUUUUUGUUAAUAACAAAAACGAAGUGCACAAAAAAGCCUACCAAGUCCCAUGGCACCCACACUCCAUACUUCUCUCCCAUUCCUUUUAUGUCGCUUUGCAUAUAUGGAUCAUUUAUACUCAUCAAUCAAUAACAGGGCCAUCUCAGCUUCUUCAUUCCCAUACGCCCAUAACUUCUUCCUCCGUCUGUUUUUUAUUUCGGCUUUGCACAGCACACUAAUCAAGAAACACCCACCCACCCCAUCCCUCGCCUGGCCCUUGCAAACCCACAUCAUCAUUUUUCUCAAUGAGCGUGAUCUGUAGAUAUUGAUGUCGACCCGCACACGCAAACUCGUCAUGUAUAUAAACUCACCCUCUUCUUGUGCAGCCGCGACUUCACUCCUACGAGCUUCAUCUUCCGCCUUGUGCCGCCCCCGUCUUUUCACCUCAGCUUCCCCGCUUCAUAGAGCCGCCCGGAACCACCCGUCUCCUUUGUUUCGCCAGCAGCAGCAUCGGUCGCUGAGCUUCUCGUCCGCUCUACGGUCGAUCCGUUCCUCCGGUUGGAGUCACGGCAUCGGUUGGAAGUCCCCUGCUAGCCUCUCUGCCCAGAUCAGGGUCGCCGCCCCCAUUCUCAGCGAGUUCCAUCGGAAGAUUGCUACUAUGGCAUCUGAGAAUCCGUUCAAAGGCAUCCUUACCAGUCUCCCCAAGCCAGGAGGUGGUGAAUUCGGAAAGUUUUACAGCCUGCCUGCUCUCAAUGAUCCACGGAUAGAUAAGCUGCCCUACUCUAUUAGGAUACUUCUUGAAUCUGCAAUUCGUAAUUGUGACAACUUUCAAGUGAAGAAGGAAGAUGUCGAAAAAAUAAUUGACUGGGAAAGCUCUGCUCCUAAGCUGGUUGAGAUUCCAUUCAAGCCAGCCCGUGUGCUAUUGCAAGACUUUACUGGUGUCCCGGCAGUGGUAGACCUAGCUUGUAUGCGUGAUGCUAUGAACAAUCUUGGAAGUGAUUCUGACAAGAUCAAUCCCCUGGUCCCUGUAGACCUAGUUAUUGAUCAUUCUGUUCAAGUUGAUGUUGCAAGGACAGAAAAUGCAGUACAGGCUAAUAUGCAGCUUGAGUUCCAGAGAAACAAGGAAAGGUUUGCGUUUCUUAAAUGGGGGUCUAAUGCUUUCCGCAACAUGCUUGUUGUUCCUCCUGGUUCAGGAAUUGUACAUCAGGUGAACUUAGAGUAUCUUGGACGGGUUGUGUUCAACACUGAUGGCAUACUUUAUCCUGAUAGUGUGGUGGGAACCGAUUCCCAUACCACCAUGAUUGAUGGUCUUGGAGUUGCUGGCUGGGGUGUUGGGGGUAUUGAAGCAGAAGCAGCAAUGCUUGGUCAGCCAAUGAGUAUGGUCUUGCCUGGAGUUGUUGGUUUCCAGUUAACUGGGAAGUUGCGCAAUGGUGUCACAGCCACAGAUUUAGUUUUAACCGUAACCCAAAUGCUCAGGAAGCACGGAGUUGUUGGAAAGUUUGUUGAAUUCCAUGGUGAUGGUGUCGGUCAAUUAUCAUUAGCUGACAGAGCAACUAUUGCUAACAUGUCUCCUGAAUAUGGUGCAACUAUGGGAUUCUUCCCUGUAGAUAAUGUUACAUUGCAAUAUCUCAAAUUGACUGGGAGAAGUGAUGAGACUGUUGCCAUGAUUGAGGCGUAUCUUCGUGCAAACAAUAUGUUUGUUGACUAUAAUGAGCCUCAACAGGAAAGAGCGUAUUCAUCAUCAUUGCAACUAGACCUUGAAGGUGUUGAACCAUGUUUGUCAGGGCCAAAAAGACCACAUGAUCGUGUGCCUCUCAAGGAGAUGAAGUCUGACUGGCAUUCCUGCCUUGAUAACAAAGUGGGAUUCAAGGGUUUCGCUGUGCCAAAAGAGGCACAGGAAAAGGUGGCAAAAUUUUCUUUCCAUGGUCAGCCUGCGGAGCUGAAACAUGGCAGCAUUGUAAUUGCUGCCAUCACAAGUUGCACUAAUACAUCGAAUCCAAGUGUUAUGCUAGGAGCUGGACUUGUGGCUAAAAAGGCCUCUGAGUUGGGUCUACAUGUAAAACCAUGGAUAAAAACCAGUCUUGCCCCAGGAUCUGGAGUUGUGACAAAAUAUUUACUCCAAAGUGGGCUGCAGGAGUAUUUAAAUAAGCAAGGUUUUAAUAUUGUUGGAUAUGGGUGCACAACAUGUAUUGGCAAUUCUGGUGAUUUAGAUGAAUCAGUUGGUUCUGCCAUAUCUGAAAACGACAUUGUUGCGGCUGCUGUACUUUCUGGAAACCGUAAUUUUGAGGGUCGUGUUCAUCCCUUAACACGAGCGAACUACCUUGCUUCUCCUCCUUUGGUGGUCGCCUACGCACUUGCUGGCACAGUUGAUAUUGAUUUUGAGAAAGAGCCCAUUGGAGUUGGGAAGGACGGUAAGAAUGUUUAUUUCAGGGAUAUAUGGCCAUCAACGGAGGAAAUUGCAGAGGCUGUUCAAUCAAGUGUAUUGCCAGAUAUGUUUAAGAGUACCUAUAAAGCCAUUACUAAAGGUAACCCGAUGUGGAAUGAGUUGUCAAUCGCAGAGGCCAAAUUGUACUCGUGGGACCCAACCUCUACAUAUAUUCAUGAGCCACCAUAUUUCAAAGGAAUGACCAUGGACCCACCAGGGCCACAUGGUGUGAAGGAUGCCUAUUGCUUGUUGAAUUUCGGGGACAGUAUAACCACAGAUCACAUCUCACCUGCUGGAAACAUUCACAAGGACAGUCCGGCUGCCAAGUUCCUCCUGGAGCGUGGGGUGGAUCGCAAGGACUUCAACUCUUAUGGCAGUCGGCGUGGCAAUGAUGAAAUUAUGGCAAGGGGUACUUUCGCCAAUAUCCGUCUGGUAAACAAACUGCUGAAUGGAGAAGUUGGCCCCAAGACUAUUCAUAUCCCCACGGGCGAGAAACUCUCUGUGUUCGAUGCUGCUAUGAGGUACAAGUCUGCUGGGCAGGCUACCAUAAUAUUGGCGGGAGCAGAGUAUGGAAGUGGAAGUUCCAGAGAUUGGGCUGCCAAGGGACCAAUGUUGUUGGGAGUAAAAGCUGUGAUCGCCAAAAGCUUUGAGAGGAUACACCGGAGUAACUUGGUAGGGAUGGGUAUUAUUCCUUUAUGUUUCAAGGCUGGAGAGGAUGCCGAGACGCUGGGAUUGACUGGGCAGGAGCGUUACUCUAUUGAUCUCCCCAGCAAUAUCAGUGACAUACGUCCUGGUCAGGAUGUCACUGUUCAAACUGACAUCGGCAAAUCUUUCACCUGCACAGCGCGGUUUGAUACUGAGGUGGAGUUGGCAUAUUUCAAUCAUGGAGGUAUUCUGCCGUAUGUUAUUCGUCAGUUGACUAAGCAAUGAAUGAGCUACCCUACGUACAUCUGUUGGAGCGAGAAGCUCAACCGGGAAAAGAAUAAAUUUGAUUAAUUGUCUCAAUUAUUGCUAAUUAAAUGGGCUCGCAUGUAUGGUGCUGGACCACCUAUGAACAAUUAUGUCUCAAUUAUUUCAAUAUAUAUAUAUAUAUAUAUAUAUAUAUAUAUAUAUAUAUAUAUAUAUAUAUAUAUAUAUAUAUAUAUAUAUAUAUAUAUAUAUAUAUAUAUAUAUAUAUAUAUAUAUAUAUAUAUAUAUAUAUAUAUAUAUAUAUAUAUAUAUAUUUGAAGGAUUUUGACAUUUCGUUCAAGUCCUUUUUCUUGGGAAGUAAAUUAAUAUUUUAUGCAUAUGCGAUCAUCAUCGUAAUGGGAAUGCGACAACAAUUUUUCGAACAUCUCCCUCUCUUGUAUGAUUGAAUGGUCAUUCUAUUUACAUAAUACUUUGUAAUUUUAUUCAUUAAAUAUUUAAAUUGAUUGGAACAGAUGAUGAUGAAAACAAAAUUUGCUCUUAACAAGAGUAAAACAUGAUAUUUCAAAAUAUAACAAUAUAAUUUCAGGACGAGGUCUUAUAAUUCAACAUUUCAACCACAGCAGUCAUGUCAGGUCUUAUUAAUAAGUGGUUGUAUACAAAAUGCUAAUACACAUCGAUAAUUAGUGGUUGUCCGUUAAGCUUUUAAGAAGCCUCUACAAGUCCUCCUGUAUACUGGCAAGAGCGGGUGUGGAUGCCGUAGGUAUGAAAUCCACACCGUUGGAUGCUGAAAAAGGUUCAUCAUCAGGAACCAUUCUUCUCUUUAUACUCCCUAACCUGAUGAUGGUUUCAGACAGAAGAAGAGCAUCCUGGGAGGAGGAGAGCAAUGGUUCUCCUCCCUCCAAGAUUUGGCGCAACUCGUCCCGCUUCAUGAUGACUGUAAUCCUCACACCCCCUUGUCUGCUCCUUUCCGCUUCUUCAUCGCACUCGUCAAGCUUAAACCUGACUGUCUUUUUAUGUUUCCUCUCUUUCCUGGGCGGUUGUAUUCUGCUCUCGUCUUCUCUUGGAGUCUCGCUUGUCUUCUCUUGAAGUGCCUUUCUCGCCAAGCAGUUUCCCAUGUGUAGUGGUAGUAGUACUACUGGACGUUCAAGAACGGAAUUUAAGCAACUAUCAAAAGCGUGUAUAUAUAGAGAGACGGGAGGGGGAGAGACAGUGGACAGGAGGGAGACUUAAUCUGAAAGUAAUGAUAAUAAGAAGUAUGUGAAUUCAUUGAUCCAUUCAGACCAAAUUAAGGGCGGCAAUUGUACGUUGCUUUUACUUUUGCAUCCAGCAAUCAAUGAUGAUUGAACCACUCUAUGGGUUGGCAAUUUGGCAAUGGCCAUUGCAGCACUUUGGUUCAAACCAUUCUAUUAUACGAUAAGUCAGGGCCGAUCCUAAGAUUUUUUUGGUCUGAAUCGAAUGGUUUAAAAAGACCCUUAAG